UAAGACUUGGGGCUAGGGGAGGGGGCUCGGAAAGGGGCCAAAUGGCUGCGGAGCCCCUGGCCGCAGGCUGUGAAGGUUGCCCAGGCGCCUGCCCUGCCCACCUCCUCCAUCCUCCACCCCCAGCCAGGUCCUUUCCACGCCUCCAAAUAGCUCAGAAAGUGCUCUCCUGCGGACCUUCUGUAUCUAGGUCCCUGAAAACCUGUUCCAGAGGCCUUUUCCAAAAAGGGCACAAAACAGGCCUUUUCCUCUGCCCUGCUCAUAUAAUAUUUGUGGAGGCUUCAAUCUUGCUUCUCCAUGCCCUCAAUUAACAUCUAUUUUCUAUCCCAAAUAUCUGGCAUAGAAUACACAGGGAUGCAGAGCAGUCCUCCAAGCCCAUUGUGUCUGGUUCUACACACACACACACACACACACACACACACACACACACAAUUGCCUAGUUGCCACUCUGGGAUCCCAGCAUGGUGAGGUCUACUCAACUCCCCCCCCUCCAUCCUCACCUCCAGGCUCAUCCCAGAGUUUCCAGCACUUUCAGCUUCCUGACCCUCCCCCCCUGUCUAGUUCUGUCCACCCAGGACCCCUCUUCCUCUGAGCAUCCUGUCCACCUCUCCAGGGGUUGGGUUCACUUCCCCAACCUGACAGUCACCUCCUCAGCAGUAGCAGGGCCUUGGGGCCUCCAAGGAGAGGGACCUUGAAGCUUGGUUUAGAGAACCUGAGGGAAAUCCCUUGGGAUCUCCAACUUGGCCAGGGGCCCCCCUACCUAAAUCUCCUUUCCUCAGCCAUUUUUGAAGAUUGAAAGGCUCUGGGGGUGGGGAGGCAAGGCUAUCCGUUAGUUUUUGUAUCCUAAACAAGACCUCAUCUUUCCUUAAAAUUAAAUACAGUUUAAAAGGCCAUUCCAAGGGUUUGUUGCAGCAACAACCAGCUUCUCUACAGGGUAGAGAAUCCAGCGGUCUGAAGGCGGGCCGACAAGCCAGGCUGCAAUUCCUCCAAGUAGGCACCAGGUGUCGCUGUGGGCUCGUUGUCCCGGCUACCCCCCAAUUUCAAGAACCAUUUUUUUUUUCCUCCCCCUUCUCUCUCUCUUUCUCUCUCACUCCCUCUCCCCCUUGGUUGGGCUUUGCCAACAUAUCAAGAUGCGUUUCGCCGGCUUCCAUCACUAACCUCCCGGAGGUCAUCAAGCCAAAUUUAUGAGUGGCCGCUUGAGUCACGUGACUCUAUUUAAGGCUCCCUUAUUUGGGAAGAGCGCAUAGGAUAAAGAAAGAGAUAUCUCCACCUAUAAAUUGUGCACUUUGGAGAACAAAAAACCCCUCAACUUCAAAGAGUCACAAAUCACCCUUAAUCAAAAAGGGUGCAGAAAUUUUUUUUUGGGCCCUCCCCGCCAUGAGCUCCUACGUAGCCAAUUCAUUCUAUAAGCAGAGCCCCAAUAUCCCUGCCUAUAACAUGCAAACUUGUGGGAACUAUGGAUCGGCCUCAGAGGUGCAGGCAUCCAGGUACUGCUACGGUGGAUUGGACUUAAGCAUCACUUUCCCACCGCCUGCGCCUUCCAACUCUCUCCACGGGGUAGACAUGGCUGCCAACCCCCGGGCUCACCCCGACCGCCCCGCCUGCAGCGCCGCGGCCGCUCCGGGACACGCUCUGGGCAGAGAUGAAGCGGCUCCUCUGAACCCCGGGAUGUACAGUCAGAAGGCGGCUCGCCCAGCGCUGGAGGAGCGAGCUAAGAGCAGUGGGGAGAUCAAAGAGGAGCAGGCGCAGACAGGGCAGCCCGCCGGACUGAGCCAGCCACCGGCCCCGCCACAGAUUUACCCGUGGAUGACCAAACUGCACAUGAGCCACGAGACGGACGGCAAGCGGUCCCGAACCAGUUACACGCGCUACCAGACCCUGGAACUGGAAAAAGAAUUCCACUUUAAUCGCUACCUCACUCGCCGCAGGCGCAUAGAGAUCGCCAACAACUUGUGUCUCAACGAGAGACAGAUCAAGAUCUGGUUCCAGAACCGCAGGAUGAAGUGGAAGAAAGAUUCCAAAAUGAAAAGCAAAGAGGCUCUUUAGAGGCAGCAGGGAGGCCCGCAGAUAGCGCCCCAAGCCCGCUUUGGUCCCCGCGCCUUUCCUUUUCGGUUGUCCUCUCUCUAUAUUUUGGGGCAAGGGCGGGGGCUGCAGCACCCGCUCGGGGCCUCACCGACAAAAGCGCGUUCCCUUGGCACUCCGCAUCCCCACCGACCCCAGGUUCCUGCGGGGCUGUCCGCGCGGUGCGGACUCCCCUCAGUUCUGCUCAGCACCGGCGGGGUGGGGGGGGAGGGGGGCGCCAGGGCAAGCUCCGCAGGGGCUCCCCAGAGGGCUGCGGCAGACGGGCUGGUGCUGAACGAACCGGGCCUGGGCCGCCUCUCAGGCUCCCAGCCCCAGAGCGGCCUGCGGGAAUUAAGGUGGGCCCGGCAGGGGCUCCAGGCCCCACGCCCCGACCCUCCGGCCUCCCCUGUCCUUUGUUCCCGGCUUAGGCUGGCCAGGCGGCUGAGGGCUGGUGAGAGUGGCUAUGCUUGGGGGAGUCCGGCGCCAGACUCGGGGUGCUUCGUUGUAGCGACUAAACUCCAUGUUCGGUUUUUUUAUGAUUUGCAUAUGAAAGGGGGAGAUGACUGAAGGUCUGCCUAGGGCCCCCUUGGUUGCCCUAGGCUCUCCAAACCUUCUCACCCAUCCCUAAGCCCGGUAACCUCUCCAGCCUGCGCCCUCUGCAUGCCCUCUCAGGCCCCUCCGCCUCAGACCACUAGCUAGCUCAACCAUGGGGGUUCCCUGCCACUGGACCCCAGCAAGCAGUCCUAGAGGUUCCUGGCUGCCCACUAGUCCCUGCCACGACUCUCUGUGCCCUCCUGCCCCAUCGCUGUUGUCCAACUAUUUAUUGACUCCAGGUCUUUCCUGAAACUAUAUUUUGUCAUAUCAAAUAAAGACAAAGAGAGAUCAGGACUAAAGAUGCAGCGGUGCCUCUCUGUUUGGGGCAUGUAUUGGGUAAAAGUGUCUAAAUGGGCUAUGGAGUAUAGGGGAGGCCCAUAGCCUCUCAGCCUCUUUUUAAAAAGAAUUUUUAGGAGCUUCUAGAGGGAUUGAGAAGAGGGAGGUGAAAUUGAGCUCCUUUCCAGAUCCCUGGUUCCCAGAUGGGCCUUUGGGGAAAGGGGAGGGCACCUACGCAGUCUGUACUGGCUUUUCCCAUGCUGUGGCUCUCCAAGGCUUUCAGGCCUCUGCACCCCAUUCCCACCUUGGCUGGGUGGAUCUGAGGCCUCUAGACUGGCAAGCAGCCCCCACUGCAUGCCAGAGCUAAUCUGCAGGGCCUGGGGGCUCCGUGGCGCUCAUACUCUCCGCCCCGGCCCCGGACUCUGAAGAUCUCUCCCAGAGCUCGGUGAGGGGCCGUGCUGGACAUAGAGGGAGGGCUGAGCCCUCAGCCUAGAAGCCCACUUGGUCCCAAGAAGGAUCCUCAGAAAGAGUUGGUACUGCUUGAUAAAGGGGUCUGGGGGAGUUGGAGGAAGUGUGUCUCAGCUUUUUAAGAUCCUGGGGCAGAUGGGAGCAAGGAGGGCAGCCUACAGCGUACCUGCCUGGCAAGAAAUGCGCAGACUGUUUCCCCCACUUCUAGGGCCUGAGGCUAUGCAGGACAAUUAGCUGGGAAAGGAGCUGCAUAGACGGGUGCCUGAGUCCUGUCUGU